UGGAUUGUUACUCUGAUCACUGGCUCCGCCUUCAGCAGUAACGGCUCAUCUGCCCAUGAAAAGGUUCUCAUUAACCUGCAGUGCACGCCCUCUAAUGCCCCAUUGUCCAAGCAGGACAGAUAUAUCCAGGGCGGACCACUGCAGGUCCACAUGUGCACUCAGUCACUCUGUCGACAGCACCACUCUGCGUGAGACUUGACUCUCUGACCAACAAGAUGCAGGACAGGACGAAGAAGUGUGGAGCUCAGCUGCAGGAGAGAGGUUUGUCCAGGAAGAGCACCACCUACCUGGCCAAGAUCGCUGUCGUCCUCCAGGCUGCUCCAGGCAAGAUGCUCACUUUUACUCAGUUGAUGGACAGGCUGGCACCACUCAUCUGUGAAGACAGCAAAUCAGUUGAGAACAACAUCAGAGUCUGUUUGUCAACCCACUCGUGUUUUGUCAAGAUUCCACUGGUCCCAGAUUCAUUUCACAGUAAGAGGAACUACUGGAAACUGGACUCCAGUCAGAUCACUGUGAAGAUGGUGCGUCGUCACUUCAAAGGAAUCCUGCAGAUCUUCCCUGAGUUGGCCUGCCAAGUGGAAACGGAGCGCAGGAGCAGACAGUCGAAGCCCUGCUCCCCUCUCCCCUCUCCUGACCCUGCGAUCUGCAAAGCUGUUCAGAUCCGAUGCGAGGCAAAGUUCAGCAGUCCUUUCUCCAUCGAGUCCCUCCUGAAGAGGGACAGUCCCUCGGCCCGGCCCUCCAGACCUUCUCCUCUCUCCAGUGUGCCGGUCAGAGCGGAGCAGCAGCUCAGACAAGUCAGGACAAAGAGGAGCCUCAGCUGGGACUCUGAGGAGCCUCUUCUCCUUCAGGCCUCAGCUGGAGGUUCCCCCGUCUGCCCAACAGGGGGCAGCACACACCACAUACUCGCUCAUGGGGCCACUAAGACCAUCAGGAGGAUGCAUGUGAGCACAGAGCCCUCAUACCCCAUCUACACCAGAGCAGCUCCUUAUUUCACCAGCCCACCCAGCAGUUACAUCACUUUCUCUGUGCCUGCAUUUACCCAAGAUUCUCUCUGCUUCCGUUUGUGAAAAUUUGUUUUUUCCCCCCCUUCUUCAAAAUUGCACUUUUAAAAUGUUUUUGUUUUUGAGUUGACCAUUUCAGUGCGAUUUCUUUUUAUCUCAGACAAACAUUUGUCAUGUGUGUGCUGUGUCAUAAGUGUUUCAUUAAUUUCAGGCUGGGAUGAAAUCGCCUGACUUUCUUCAUGUAGUCUUAUAGUUUAAAGACUUGAAGUAUCUCGUGCAUGCUGACAUUUUAUAUAUAUUUGUUUUUUUUUUACAUUGUGACUUUUGUUUGAGGUCAGUAUAUUAUGACCACGAGAGGGCAGACUAGUAUUUCAAAGUUGACCUUGAAAUGCAGCGAUAGUCUGUCAAAAAACAAUUAAAGACAUGUCUUCUACAUCCUGA